AUCCCCAAGUGACAGACAGCAACUGAAGGUAGAACAGGUGUGCAUAACUCUGAGUGCAACUGGACGACAUUGUUGACAUUGUCAUCUAGAACAGUUCAUCCUCUAAGUGUGUAUGUGUGUGUGUGCGCGUGUGAGAAGAGAAAGAGAGGGGAGACAUCAUGCCCUCUCACCUGAAUCGAAUCUUCGGGGACAAACAGCGUGUUCUGGGUCCACCCACUACCCCAUUUCGGUCUUUCUCUCCCACUCCCUCUUUCAGUGUGAUGUUUGGUCAUAUGACAGGGUCUGAAUACCGACACACACCGGACAUGAGCGAGUAGGAGUGAAGGAGAGAAAACAAGUGAUCCGACCCUGAGAGAGCGUGAAAAGGCACUAGGGCACUUGUAAAACGGUGAAGAAGAGAACUCGCUUAAAGAAACAGCGGACACGAGUUUCACCAACUAACUUUUGCGAGUAUAGGCCUAAUCAACUGAGCGGAGUUUUAAAAAACUAUUUCCAAGCCUCUCUCGUUAUUUCUUUCCCAUCUUUUUAGCGCAUGACCUCGGGACUGCAGAAUACUCAGAGCGGUAAGUGACAAACUCAUCACAAAAUCGGAGGCUGGGGCUCGAGGCAGCAUUUUGGACAUCACUUUUAUUGCAGAGCGUCGCGCCUUGAUUUUAUAGACUUGCGUUGUGAGAGUGACCAUGGUCGGGGAGAUGAGUGAGCAGGUCCGGGAAAGACCAAGGCCCAGCCCGGACUACCUGAUGCAGUUGAUGACGGACCGGAAGGUGAUGAGCUCUCUGCCCAACUUCACUGGCAUCUUCACACACCUGGAGCGGCUCCUAGAAGAAGAGAUAGGUAGAGUGCGCAAGGACAUGUAUAACGACUCGAUGAAUGGAGGUGUGGCCGCCGAGGGGCGGAACUCUGAGGAGCUGCCUAAUGGGAUUGGUCCAGUGGCUCAGCUGCAGGAGAAGCUCUACGUGCCCGUCAAAGAGUACCCCGACUUUAACUUUGUAGGUAGGAUCCUGGGUCCGAGGGGUCUGACAGCCAAACAGCUGGAGGCAGAGACAGGCUGUAAGAUCAUGGUACGAGGGAAAGGAUCCAUGAGAGACAAAAAGAAGGAGGAGCUGAACAGAGGGAAACCUAACUGGGAACACCUGAGUGAGGAACUCCAUGUACUCAUCACAGUGGAAGACACACACAACAGAGCUCAGAUCAAACUACAAAGAGCUACCGUAGAGGUCAAGAAACUACUCGUACCAGCCGCUGAAGGAGAGGACAGUCUAAAGAAGAUGCAGUUGAUGGAGCUGGCCAUUCUCAAUGGAACCUACAGAGACGCCAACAUCAAGCAACCCACUAUGGCUUUCUCCCUAGCCUCCUCUCAGCAGCCUCGGCUCAUCUCCAGUCCCUCCCCUGUUAUGCAGCAGGCUAUGAGAAACCCCGCCCCUGUUCAGCAGCCCAAUCUCAUGCCUCACCUGAUUCGUCAGAUCCAGAGUCAGCAGGCCCUCAUGCAAGGAGCCAAUCAGCAUGCAGGACUGAUGCAGCAACCACCAGAAUCAGGAGGAUUCUUCUACACUCCCUACGAAUAUUCCCCCUACACCCUAACCCCAUCUAUACUAGAAUACCCCAUGGACACUAGUGGAGUAUUAGGAGCGAUGACGGCUAAGGUGCAACGCCACAAUAUGAGGGUCCAUCCUUACCAAAGAGUAGUGAACACCGACAGAGCUGCCACAGCGACUAACCCUUGACCUCUGUACCCACUGAUGACCCGCCCAUCUCCGCCUGUGGCUUGCUCGUUGCCAUGCUCUGGACAACAGCCACGCCCCCUCCCCCAACCCCCCCAGGAGUCACCUCUGCCAAACCAACCAGAGACCAGCGCCAUGGUAGUGACCCUUCAGGACCCAAUCAGGACCCAGUCACCAGCCAUGCCCACCCAAACACCACACUUUCAAGCCAUGUGCUCUUUCUAUAGGAACCACUACAUCAAAACCACCCAAUCACAACCCCCCCCCAACCAAACCCCAGCCA